AUUAACUUGACUGUAAUAUCUCCCCCACUACGACAUCUACAAAAAAAUUAUUUGUACCACAUAAUGUGCCCUUUUAUACCAAACAACUUUUCGAUAUUUCAACGAACGUCCGUGUCCAGGGGUCAACUGAGGAUCCAAGGUGUCGCGACCUGCCUGUACCUAUGCAUGGAUUCCUGUGGUCUUCUUUACGGCUCGACGAAUUUGACUGAAAAUGACUGCGUGUUCAACGAGACCCUCGAGCAGCACAACUACAACACGUACACCUCGGUAAAAUGGUCCACGACGAAGAAGUCAUUGUACCUCGGGUUGAACGGUCGUGGCCAGCCGAGGAGGGUACAGGCUAGGGGACACAAUCUAGGUAGACUGUCCGCCUACGUGCGGGUGUUAACUCAAGUUGCCCCUUUGGAGCGGGUAGAGGCGCUUCAGAGGCGGAUGCUUGGCGCACAGCACAACGUUCGUCAUCGGCACAACAACCAUCGUGGUGACAUGAUCCAACAGUCACUCUGCCCCACUCUUCCGGUACAGGAAAAGGACGGCAGGGACAAGUUCAGGUGUCGCAAACGAAAGAAGAGGAAGAAAAGGAAGCGGAGGUGCAGACCAGGCGAGAGGCCGGGUCCGCAGUGCCAAAUGGCAGAGGAGAACGGAAGCACAGUGGUUCUGGGAAGGAACGAGAGUCUAGCUUCGAACGGGACUUCGCCGGAGUCGAAAAGAUCCUGCGAGGGAGCGGCUAGCGAGGAAGCAUGUCGAAGGGAGGCCCUUUCGGUCCCGUCUAAGAAACGGAAGCUGCGGGUCGAAGAGCCGGCCGAAGGUGGAGGAGCAACGACAGCUGGUAGCAGGAACGUCACAGCGAGCAGCAACGGUAAGAGCAAAGCACCAGCGUCAAACGCAAAAAAAGUAAACGCCGCUGGCAGCAUGAGUCAAAGUAAAAAGCCUAAUUUGACGGACGGGAAGAAGAAAAAGAAGAAAGGACCAGCAGCGAGGAGGAACUCAGCAGUGCCUCUGGCCCGGAAGAGGUUCACGCCUGGCAGAACGGACAACACGUCUGCGGUGCCCACGGCAACUUCCGUACCGACCUCCGUAACAUCCUCCUCCUCUUGGUGGUCUCCUGGUGCAUCAACCGGCCCUUCAGGCAGAGGGAACUCGCCUAGGCGCAGGACCAAGCAAUCGUCCUCAUCGAGGAACGUUGGUUCGAACAACGCGAGGACUAUCGGUCCUCCCCAAUCGGUGACCGUGAAAGUUCCUGAUACCGUUUCCGACCGAUCUGUCCGAGACUCGAGUCCGUCCUCCGUCGAAUUGUCUGAUAUCACGGAGGAGGACACCUCGAAAUUGUUAUCCGAAUCCUUGUCUAACGACGAAGACCCAUCUUCGACAUUUUCGAACGAGCACGCGACUGCUACGAUCAACUCGAUGUUCGGUAGUAGCUCGAUUGAAACCGGCGCCGCCUCGACGAUGCUAAGGCUGUUCGAGGAGGAGAACAAGUCGGUUGAAGAAAUCGACGAUGCAGACGACAGCGAUAGGUUCGACAUACCGGAAACUAUUCAGUCGACCACCCCGGGGAUACUGCUCGAGAGAUUGGCCAUGUGA